UGGUGGUAUCAUUUUUAUCAAAUUACGGUAAUAUAUAUAAGUUCGAAAUCUGAGGUACAGAGCUGCGAUUGUAUCGGAUUGUAUUUGUGUUUAGUUGGUCGACUUUGAAGUGAUUGCAAGAAUAAUUAAAAACUAUUCAUAAAUAUUGUUCCAGCGCUUAUUCGUAAUUCAAUACUCUAAUUUAGGUAGAAUACUCGGAAAAUGUAUUGUUCAAAUCAACGACAAAACAAAAACAUGCAUAUUUUUACAAUCACUUUUACAGUGAUUAUUCUAGGUAUCUCUUCUAUUGAAGCUAUGAAGUCACCAACAUUUAGUAAUACUUACAUAGUACGGGGCACUCUAUAUAUCCCAUAUGCUGAAAUUCGUGAACCAUUUUAUGCCUGGUAUGAUGGCAAAAGUGGAUCUAGUAGAAUUGAUUAUUAUGCAGGAAUGGUGAAAACUUUCCAAUUAUCUCAUCGAGGACCUUAUGGUACAAGCAUAAAAAUUGCUCCAAUAACUACAGAAUCUGUUCUUAAUGAAGAUACAUGUCUCCAAGUAAAUGGCAGUAAAGAAAUCAAGAUUCAUCCUCAAACCAUUAUUCCAGAUACAACUGGAAUGGAGUGUCUUGGCAAGGAAGAAGUUAAUGGAUUACUAUGUGAAAAAUGGAGACUGGAAGAAGAGAUUAAUGAAAAAGUUAACAAGUAUACUCUUUGGAUAAGAUAUAAGAAAUCUCCAACUAUACCUAAUUUCAAAGAACCAAUUCCUGUAAAAUAUGAAAUGAAAGGAUUUAAUAGUCUUCUGGGAUCUCACUAUGAUCAUUAUUAUUUAAAUUAUGACUGGUUUUCUUCUGAGAUACCAGAUACAGAGGUGUUUGAAAUUUCAUCAAAUAUGACAUGUGUUGGUUUUCCUGGACCUGGAGAUAAACACAUAUACACAUUCAACCCUAUGCGUGAAUUUGUUCAUAAUUAUGAUAGACAUGUAAAUGAAGCAUUUGAAGAUUUUAAAAAUAUGCAUAAUAAGAAUUAUGUAAAUCAUGUAGAACAAUUGCAGCGUAAAGAAUUGUUCAGACAAAAUUUACGAUUUAUCCAUUCAACUAACCGAGCUAAUAAAGGCUACCAAUUAAGUGUUAAUCAUUUGGUAGAUCGUACUGACUUAGAAUUAAAAGCUUUACGUGGUAAGCAAUAUACUGCAGGCUAUAAUGGAGGACAACCAUUCCCUUAUAAUGCUGAACUAGAAGUAACUAAAAUCCCAGAUGAGUUAGAUUGGAGGCUAUAUGGUGCUGUUACACCUGUUAAAGAUCAAUCUGUUUGUGGAUCUUGUUGGAGUUUUGGUACAACUGGAGCUGUUGAAGGUGCAUAUUAUAUGAAAUAUGGUAAAUUAGUGCGUUUAUCUCAACAGGCACUUAUUGAUUGUUCAUGGGGUUAUGGAAACAAUGGUUGUGAUGGUGGCGAAGAUUUCAGAUCAUAUCAAUGGAUUAUGAAACAUGGAGGUUUGCCUUCUGAAGACGAUUAUGGCGGUUAUCUUGGUCAGGAUGGUUAUUGCCAUGCAAAUAAUGUUCCAACAAUAGCUAACAUUACUGGUUAUGUAAACGUUACAUCAGAUGAUGCUAAUGCUUUAAAAGUUGCCAUCGCGAAACAUGGUCCAGUUUCAAUUGCGAUUGACGCAUCCCACAAAACAUUUUCAUUUUAUUCUCAUGGUGUAUAUUACGAUUCAGCUUGUGGUAAUACAGAGGAGUCACUCGAUCAUGCAGUUUUAGCUGUCGGUUAUGGCAAAUUGAAUGGAAAGGACUAUUGGUUAAUAAAAAAUUCUUGGUCAAAUUACUGGGGUAACGAUGGUUACAUUCUUAUGUCUCAAGAAAAUAAUAACUGUGGUGUAUUAACAAAUCCAACAUAUGUUACCAUGUAAAAGAAAUAACUCAUACUAUUUUUAAUAAGUCACUAUAUUUUUAAUGAAAAUAUAUAAGAGAAGAGGCUCUUGAUAAA